AUGAAAGAGACACUGAAUAAUUUAAGUUUAGAAGACAUAGCGAAUGUAAAAAUAAAAGCUUAUAAGAAUGAAAAUAUAUUAAGUGAUAAUGAGAAGAAAAGAAAAGAGAAUUUUUAUAAUGUAUAUAUAUUAACAUAUAUAAAACAUAUUGUUCGAAUAAAAUCGAAUUUAGCUUUACAUGGUGGAUUAUAUAGUAAUUAUUUUGAAAAAUAUGAAGAAGAGUCUAUAUCAAAUAUUAUGUUUGAAAAUUUAUUAGGAAAUAAUGAAAAUACAAAAAAUAGAAAUAUAAAUUCUGAUAAAAUAAAUAGUAUACAACAAAAUGAUUAUGAUAAAAAAAAUAUAUUACAAGAUGAUUUGAAUUGUAUACAUAAUAAUGAUUAUUAUAAUAAAAAGGAUUUAAAUUAUUCAAUCAAAGAAUUAUUAAAAAAAUUAAUUAAAUCAUAUAAAAUUAGAGAAAAUAAAAUAUUUCUUGUUACAGGUAUGUUAGGCUGUGGAAAGACUACAUGUGUUUCUUUAGCAAUUGAAUAUUUUAAUAAAUAUUUACAAAUAGAAAAAAAUAUGAAAAAUAAAACAUUAGAUACAAAUCAAAAUGGGAUAAAUAAAACAUUAGAUACAAAUCAAAAUGUGAAAAAUAAAACAUUAGAUACAAAUCAAAAUGUAAAAAAUAAAAAUGUAUUGUUUCUAUCUGAAGAAGAACCUAUUAAUAAAAAGAUCUAUAAAAAAACUCCUUAUAUAAACAAAUCAUAUCAUCAAGAAAUGGAUAGCUCCAAUUCAACUCCUAGAGAUGAUAAGAAGAUAAAAAUAAAUUCGAAUGAACCUUUAUUUAAUUUUACACCAAAGAAAAAAAGAAAAACACAAUCUGACGAAUCAACUGAUGAAGAGGAUCAAGAUGAAAGAUUUUACAAUAAUUUAUCGAAUGAUACUACUAAUAAUAGGGGGGAUAAUAAAUAUAAUUAUGACAAUUAUCACAAUAAUAAUAAGAAUAAUCAUAUGAAUAGUCAUACAUUUAAUAAUACAUACAAUAAUUUUGGAAACCAAAAAAAAGGAAAUUAUUGUGAUAAUAAAAAUAAGAACCAAUUUGAAAAUAUAAAAAUAUGUGAAGAACAAAAUAAAAAAAAAGACUUUCCAUCAGAUGUUGAACAAAUAAAUACAAACAUAAGAAAUAUAUUCGAAAAUAAUGAUUUAUCCCCUUUAAGAAAAAAUGCUAAUAUUAGAAAUAAAAUACAACUUGAACAAAUGCUUAAAGAUCAAAAUGAAAAAGAGGAGACAUAUUUUAAAAGUAUGACAGAUAAUGAUGAGAACUUAGAUUUUAAUAUGAAAUAUAAAAAAAUUGUAGAUGAAAUUAAUAAAGAAGAAAAUGAAGAAACAUAUAUUUAUAUUAUUCGUUUAAGUGCAUAUUUAUAUAGAGAUGAUUUACAAUGUAUAAAAUCCAUUUUAUCUCAACUUCAUAAUUAUGUUUAUUCUGAUGAAAAAUUAGAAUCUAACUUGUUAUUAAAUGAUUAUAUAAAUAAAUUAGAAAAAAUUUUAAUUAAAAUAAAUUCUGAAAGGAAACAAACUUUACUUAUUAUAGAAAAUGUAGAGAAAUUCUGUUUACAAAAUAAACAAAAUUUAUUAUAUACAUUAUUUGAUUUAUUACAUAAAAAAAAUAUAUAUAUUAAUAUUAUCUGCUUAACAAAUGUAUUAGAUAUAACACAAACAUUAGAAAAAAGAAUCAAAUCAAGAUUCACAUUUGAAAUGAUUCAUAUUUCUCCAAUACUUAAUAUUGAAGAUAUAACUAAAUUAGUAUAUAAAAUCUUAUAUGUAAAUCUAGAUGAUUUCCAUCUUAUUAAAAAAUAUUAUUCUGUUUAUUUUACUUAUCCAGAUCUUAUUAAAAUACAAAGAUUUCUACAAAUUUAUAAUUCAACUAUGCAAAAAGAAAUAGCAGAUUCUAAUCUAUUAAAACAAUGGUCAUAUGAUAUUAAUUAUGGUCUAGAUAUUAGACACAUAUACCAUACUUGUGUUGAUGCUAUACUAUCUAUUUGUGAAUAUAAACAUAUAUUAACAACUAAUCAAAAUAAAUUUGAAAGUAAUACUAUAUUAGAUAUAUCAACUAGCCAAAAUAAUAAUUCUUAUCAAAUUAGAAAUACAAAUAUAAAUACAAAUAUAAAUACAAAUAUAAAUACAAAUAUAAGUACACAUAUAAAUACACAUAUAAAUACACAUAUAAAUACACAUACAGAUACUAAUUCGCAACCUAAUCAGCAAAACACAAACAGUGACCAACAUGAUAAUACAAAUAUGACACAAAAUGUGUUCUGUGACAAUGAAAUAAGUUUAUUCACAAAAAAGGAGAAAAGAAGCAACCUAGAAUUUCUUAAAGAACGCCCUGGUAAAUUGGAUGCAACGCCAAUCAAGAGAUCAUAUCAUAAACAAGAAGAUGAUAAAGAUGAUGAAUAUAAAUAUGAUAAAGGUGAUAAAGAUGAUAAAGAUGAUGAAUAUAAAUAUGAUAAAGAUGAUAAAGAUGAUGAAUAUAAAUAUGAUAAAUAUGAUGAUGAUAAAUUUGAUGUAGGUGAAAAUCAAAAUAAUAACAAUAGCAAUAAUGCCGAUGAUGUAUUCUUUUUUAAUAUGAACAUGGAUAUGAGCCCAAGGAAAUUAAAAGAAAACAUAAAAUUGAAAGAAAAUGUUAAAUUAAAAGAAAAUAUAAAUUUAAAAAACAAAAUGGAAAGUCAAUAUAUUCUAAACAAUGUUCAAUCAAAAUUUAUUAGAAGACAUUAUAUUAAAAAAGUCUUACGUGAUCUAUGUACUAUUGAAUAUAUGAUAUUAUGUGCAUUCACAAGAUUAUAUAAGAAAGAAAUAUUACCAAAAACAUUAUAUGUUAUUAUAUUAGAAAUAAAUAAAUUCAAACAUGCUUAUCCACAAGAACAAAUUAUAGGAUUUUCUUUGGAUGCUUAUAGAAGAUCUUUUUUUAGAUUGGUUGAUCUUGAUAUUAUUGUUUUGUCUUCUUAUUCCUUAAAUCAUUUAAAUAUAAAAAAUUUUAGUAAUGAUCUUUUUGGUUUACAUGAGCCAACUAAAUUCCCAUGUUAUGAUAUAUUCUUAGAAAAUAUAGAUACAUAUAAUCUUAACCAUAACUUAAUUCAAUGGGUAAAGCAUAAUACAGAAGUUAUGCAAUAA